AUGGCUCACCAUACUGACCAAAAUGGCGAACCAGGCCACCAUGGAGGACCUGGCGGACCGUUAGGAGGAAUUUUCAGCCAACUGACUGAUGCUCAAAAGGAACAACUCCACGAAAUCUUCCAAAACAACCGCAACUCCACCAAAGCCGUAACUAAAGCUGCUCUUGACAGCUUUGUUAGCAGCUUGUCAUCUGAACUUCAAGCCAAUGUAACCGCCGCGAAAGCCGCCGUCGAACAGAAGAUUGCCGAGCAAGCCACAAAAGUCUCAACGCUUUCGCAAAGUGCUCAAACAUUGUACAGCGAGCUCGAAGCCGUUCUCAAGGACGAGAGCUUAACUAUUGAAGAGGAGCACCAAAAGAUUGAAACGAUUAUCGAAGGAGCCAACCAGUCGGCUGUGGAAGAGCUCAAGAACGCCGGUAUUCAUGUCCCAUUGGGCCACCCGAAGGGAUUCACCGGGACCCCGAGCCAAUGA